UGCAGGCUUGGUGUGCUUCUGCACUACAACGAAAUCCCUAAAAAGCCAAUUUUUUUCUGAUAUGCUCAAUAAAAUCUAACAAGGCCCAAUCUGUGUAAAUGGUCAAAUUUGCAGAAGAGUCUCUAUGCCAAAAAAUUUAAAGUGCAAUAUACAUCAAAUUUUUUAAAGGUCCCCAGAAGAUUCAAAAGGUUCCGAAGGUCCCAAAAGUGCUGAAGGUCUAAAAGGUGCUGAAUGUCCAAAAGGUCCCAAAGGCCCCAAAGGUAACUUGUACAUGAAAUGCUCCAGGAACACAAAAAGUUCCAAAGGUCUCAUCUACUGACAACCUUUUGCAUCUUUUAUCCCAAAGGUCCCAAAGGUCUCAAAGGUCCCAAAGGUCCCAAAGGUCCCAAAGGCCCCAAAGGCCCCAAAGGCCCCAAAGGUCCCAAAGGUCAUUUGUACAUGAAAUGCUCCAGGAACACAAAAAGGUUCUCAAGGUCUCAUCUACUGACAACCUUUUGCAUCUUUUAUCCCAAAGGUCCCAAAGGUCUCAAAGGUCCCAAAGGCCCCAAAGGCCCCAAAGGUCUCAAAGGUCCCAAAGGUCCCAAAGGUCCCAAAGGCCCCAAAGGCCCCAAAGGCCCCAAAGGUCUCAAAGGUCCCAAAGGCCCCAAAGGCCCCAAAGGCCCCAAAGGCCCCAAAGGUCCCAAAGGUCCCAAAGGUCCCAAAGGUCAUUUGUACAUGAAAUGCUCCAGGAACACAAAAAGGUUCUCAAGGUCUCAUCUACUGACAACCUUUUGCAUCUUUUAUCCCAAAGGUCCCAAAGGUCUCAAAGGUCCCAAAGGCCCCAAAGGCCCCAAAGGUCUCAAAGGUCCCAAAGGUCCCAAAGGUCCCAAAGGCCCCAAAGGCCCCAAAGGCCCCAAAGGUCUCAAAGGUCCCAAAGGCCCCAAAGGCCCCAAAGGCCCCAAAGGCCCCAAAGGUCCCAAAGGUCCCAAAGGUCCCAAAGGUCAUUUGUACAUGAAAUGCUCCAGGAACACAAAAAGGUUCUCAAGGUCUCAUCUACUGACAACCUUUUGCAUCUUUUAUCCCAAAGGUCCCAAAGGUCUCAAAGGUCCAAAAGGUCCCAAUGGUCCCAAAGGUCCUAAAGGCCCCAAAGGUCCCAAAGUUCAUUUGUACAUGAAAUGCUCAAGGAACGCAAAAAGUUCCAAAUGUCUUAUCUACUGACAAGCUUUUGCAAUUUUUAUAUCGGCAACACUUUGAAUUUGUAGGACAUUACAGGCUGUCAAACGACGUUGCGAUGGAACACCAAUAUGCAGAUUACAUGCGGUCAACAGCGUGUUUGGGGAUCCCUGCUUUGGAACAUACAAGUACUUGCAAGUUACCUACCAAUGCCGACGUCGUUAUGCAUCAAAACGGUCGAUUGUGUGUGAGGGCCAGACAGCCAGUCUGAAUUGUCCUAUUGGAUACAAAUUAAAGAUACGAAGCGCCCGUUAUGGACGGACUAACAGAAGUUCUUGCCGUAACUCUGCUAUGAGAAACAUCCACUGCGUUGCUCGAAGGUCUCUACAAAUCGCCCAAAGCAGAUGCAAUGCAAGAAGAUUUUGUCGGCUACCUGCAACCAAUGGAGUGUUUGGCGACCCAUGUUUUGGAACAUACAAGUACUUAGAUAUAACGCAUCAAUGUAUAUGAUACAGGUGGUAGGCCAACCUGUGCUGACCAGAAAAGUUUGAUCAUCGAAGAACAGAAAUCUGUCUUACUAGUUUCCUAUUUUUACUCUUAAACGUUGAGUCAAAUAGAUUGAGAUUCAGGCAUUAAA